AUGCUUUUCUUCAGCUUUUUCAAAACACUCACAAACCAGACGGUGACUAUCGAACUCAAGAAUGAUAUUCGUAUCCGCGGUAUCCUCAAGUCCGUUGACCAGUACCUGAACAUCAAGCUCGACGAUGUCGAGGUAUUGGAAUUGGUGAAAUAUCCACACUUGUCCGCCGUAAAGAACAUGUUCAUUCGUGGCAGUGUGGUGCGCUAUGUGAUCCUGCCGCGGUCGGAGGUCGACGUGGGGUUGCUAGAGGAUGCUACACGGCGGGAGGCUGCCAACCAAGCAGGCAAGGCCCGCUAA